AUGUCGAACCUUGCCAAGCUUGAAUUUGUAGCCCUUGAUAUUACCGGAAAGAAUUAUUUAUCAUGGGUGUUACAUGCUGAAAUACACCUAGAUGCUAAAGGGCUUGGUGAAACAAUCAAAGAGCCUAAUAAGGCAACAUCUCAAGAUAAGGCUAAAGCCAUGAUAUUCUUUCGCCAUCAUUUACAUGAAGGGCUCAAAAAUGAAUAUUUAACUGUGAAAGACCCACAAAUUCUUUGGAGUAAUCUAAAGGAAAGGUAUGACCACCAAAAAACAGUGAUACUCCCUAAAGCUCGUUAUGAUUGGUUGAAUUUGAGAUUGCAAGAUUUUAAAUCUAUUAGUGAAUAUAACUCAGCUAUGUUCAAGAUAACUUCCCAAUUGAAAUUAUGUGGAGAAAAUAUUACUGAUGUAGAAAUGCUUGAAAAGACAUACUCCACUUUUCAUGCAAACAAUGUUGUCCUGCAGACACAAUAUAGAGAAAAAGGAUUUACCAAAUAUUCUGAAUUAAUAUCUUGCCUUCUUGUGGCUGAGCAAAAUAACGAGCUAUCAAUGAAAAAUCAUGAAUUACGUCCUGUUGGCUCUACUUCAUUCCCUAAAGCGAAUGUGACAACCCAUCACGGGAAAGAAACUAUAAACAUAGACCAUUCCAGCAGUAGUGGUCGAGGUAGAGGUCGCGGCCGUGGUCGUGGGCAUGGAUAUGGUAGAGGUCGUGGAGGACAUUGGUCUCGGGUUUGUAGAAUUCCAAAGCAUCUUGUUGAACUUUACCAAGAAUCAUUGAAAAAAGGAAAGAAAGUUGAGGCAAACCUUGUUCUUGAAGGUAGUAAUGAUGGUUUUGAUUUUGGCGAUACAACUCAUUUAGAAGUUGCCGAUUUUCUUAUUUCUCCGAAAGAGAAUAAUAUUGAUUUUGGCAAUACAACUCAUUUAGAAGUUGCUGAUUUAUUCACUGCUCCAGAAGGGAAUAAUUAA